CAGCUGUUUGAGGGAAAAAGAGACGGAGGGCGACGCUCCCUCAGUUUUCAUUUAUUUCUCAGCGGUUUGGGGCAUUUAAUGAGGCAAUUAUGGGGGCUAUAACCAGUAGACAGAACGCUGGUGUGGAGGAAGUGGAUAUUGGGGUCAACCACGCCUAUAGAUACCCUCCAAAAUCAGGAAACUACUUCAGCAGUUAUUUCAUUAUGGGAGGGGAACGAUUUGACACAGCAGUGCCAGAGAUGUAUCUCUUUGGUGAGAACAUGGAUGUAAACUUCUUAGGUUCUCGUCCAGCUCCAUUUCCAUAUCCUGCUCCAACAGCAAAUGAGCCAAGCAAAACGCUGAAGGCACUCCUCAAUAUAAGGAAAGAGAGCUUGCGUUUUGUGCGUGCACCAGACGACUCUGCCAUGUUAAAAGAGGCAGAGGAUAGAACAGCCACAACUAGAUUUAACAUUGAAUUCACAUUUGACUGUGAUGUGCGAUGUGCUAUAACCAUCAUGUACUUCUGUACUGAAGAGGUGACAAGCAAUGGAAUAAUCUACACCCCACGUGAUCCAAACAUGAACUCAGAGACUUACCACUACAAGCGAGGAGCAAAUCAACAGUUUUCACAAGUUUGCCAUGUAUUCGACCCAUCACUAUACCCCGAGGAAGAUCUGAUGUACAGUUUUGACCGUGAAGUUAUGCCCAUUGUCAUUUACUGUCUGGCGGAAGAAGGAGAAGAUGAAUUCUCCACAGAGCCUCGCCAGUCCCAUGUGACCUUCGCUGUGGUGGAGAAGCACAGUGAGGGAUACGUCUUGAAGCCUCUCAAGCAAAAGCUGUUCGUGGAUGGGCUGUCAUACCUCCUGCAGGAAAUCUAUGGCAUUGAGAACAAAAAAGCAGACAAUGCUAAAGUGGCAACAGAGGAGGACACAGAGGAUAAUGGAGCUGAGUGUGUGAUCUGCAUGUGUGACCUGCGAGACACUCUCAUUCUGCCCUGCCGUCAUCUGUGCCUGUGUAAUUGCUGUGCAGAUUCCCUCAGAUACCAAGCAAACAACUGCCCCAUUUGUCGUGCUCCAUUCAGAGCUUUGCUGCAGAUAAAGGCCCUUCAGAAGAGUACUGGCCAGGUGACCAAUCCACAGCCAAACACUGAGGUGAACAAGGCCGCGCAUGUGGUAGUUUCGUUCUUGCCAGAGAAGCAAGGAGACUACGAGGAUGAUGAGGGUUGGCUUGCAUGCACUGCUUUGAUUGGAAACCUGGAUGCUCCUGACCUUGCUAAAUACCAACCUGACAAUUAUAAUUUUUUUGGCUGUGAUAAUGUCCCUCCAGGCUAUGAGGCAGUACCCUUGAUUGAGGCGCUCAAUGGCCCCUCGGUGGCUCCCCUGCAGCCCACAGCCCCUCCUGCCCAUGAUCUGUAUGUCCAGCUGCCUCAGAGUCCAGCAGAUGUUCCAGCAGAUGCCAUUGUUCGCAAUGAAGCUUCAAGAUGCUUUAUUGAGAGCAUCACAAUCAGGUCUGGCACAGGGACCUUGGAGGACUCUACCACACAGACAGAACAGCCACCCAAUUCUUGUGAGACGAAUAACAGUUCAUCUGUAGUUCCUGAGAUGCGUAUGUCGGUUCUGCUUGCUCAGGAGACAGACGAUGUCACAAGUACAAAGUUGGAGAACAUAACAAACACCCCUGUUUCUUCGGCAAAGAAGAAGGCAGGCCGCAAACAUUCCCGGGAGAAGCAGCAGUUUGGCUCUAAGGACAGCGUAAAAAUUGUGAAUGAAAUUGGGGGACAGCGUAACAAGGAACCUGUGGACCCGGCAGAAACGCGUAGCUUAUUGGAUGAGGACAAAUCAGAGGUUGACACUGGCGUUGAUAGCAGCCAGGACCCAGCCCUACAGCAAACAGUGCUGGAUCCUGAGGAACAACCUCAAAAGGAAUUGCGAGCCCCCCAGGCAGAGGCAGAGGUCGAUGAGGAGGAAAUUGGAGAAGAGGAGCCGGAGUUGGAAGAAGAGAAUGGGGAAGAAGUCGAAGGAGAAGACAAUGACACUGAGAAUUCCCUCAACUCCCUCCCCACUUUAGCCAUGAGGUGUGCUCCCAACUCAGAUGUCGAUGUGGAGGACAGCAUAUCACAGGCCCCAACAGAAUCACCUGUUUGGACCCCCAGAAAGGAGGAAGUGGAAGGAGGGAAAAAUCUAGAGAAAGAGGAGGUGAUCACCAACGCUGAUUCUGAACCCAUAGAUAGUGUGUGAUUCACGCUAACCUCUUCUCUUCGUUAGUCGAUGCAAUGAGCCCAGUGAUCGUGCAGUAGUAAGACCUGUGGCUAUGGCUGUGUGUGGGUGUGUCUGUGGCUGUGGGUGCGAUUAAUGUCUUGUGCGUGGCUUGGUUCUAUUUAUUUAUUUAAACAUAUAUAUGUAUAA